UACUAAAAAAAACAUGAAACCACUGCUGAUUUACAUCAUCUAUAGACUAUAUUUUAAAUGAAAAGCUACAGGCAUACUUCAUACUUACGCAAUAUACUUUGAUAAUCUAGGUUUGCACUUGUUUGACGCCACACCGUUUAAAAUAUAAGGCCAAAACUACACGAAGAGAGGGGUUUCCCCUUUUCGGGUUUUCCCCACUUAAUGCACAUUUAUGCAGCAACACCCGAUGAUGAAGGAUACCCACGGAUACAUGGUAAUCGCCGGUGUUGGUCAUGGAAGAUUCUUGUCUGUUCAAAAAGAUGAGGCUAGCUGCUAGAGAGGCUAGAGGCAACGUGUACAGCUAACGAGUAACGUCAGAACGUUACAGGUUCUCUUGAGUAUUAGAAGUGAGAACUCUUGGGUGAUGAAGAAGCUUGUAGAAGUUCUCCACACAGCCAUUCAGAAAGGGGACAUUGCUGAAGUUGAGAAAAUCAUAUCCAGUGCUCAAGAUCUCAGCAUCAGUGGAGAUGAACUUGGUAAACAACUACAUGCAAAAGAGUUAUGUGAGAAGUCAAAUCCACGCUCAGGGGAUCGAGCCAUCCACCUUGCAGCCAGACAGGGUCACAUCACUAUCAUCAGGUGGUUGCACAACAAAGGAGUGGAUUUAGAGAGUGCUAACUUAGAUGGAAAGAGAUCCCUACAUGAAGCAUCUGCUAUGGGCAAUCUAGAUUGUGUUGAUUAUCUUUUGGAGCAAGGUGUUAUGGUAGAUCCCCUCAAAAGGGCUGAUUGGACCCCUCUUCAUCUUGCCUGCACGAAGCCUAAACUAGAUGUUGUGAAGUCACUUAUUCAUGCGGGAGCUAAUCCAAAACUUUGUAAUAAAGAUGGAUGGAAUGCAUUCCAUAUUGCCAGCAGGGAAGGACAUGUUGAUAUUCUGAAUUUUCUCCUGGAGUCUUCUAUGGACUUGUGGAACACUGUCAGCAAAAAUGGACGUACCCCUUUGCAUACAGCAGCCUUGCAUGGGUGUGUAGCAGCUGUGGAGAUGAUGAUGGACAGAUGUAACUUUCAGACAGAUGAGCAAGAUAGCUGCGGUUCAACACCUCUUAUGGAUUCUUUGAGGGCUGGACAUGUAGAUGUUUCAGAGAUACUCAUAGGGAGACACAAGGCUGAUGUGGAGAAGACUGAUGUUUUGGGUCGUCAGCCAAUCCAUCUUAUAGCCCAGGCAGGGAGCUUAAAAUCUGUGGAGUUUCUGGCAAAAAGAUACAAGAUCAGUUUGGAUACAACUACCAGCACUGGUGGUCUCUCACCCAUGCACCUAGCUGCAAAGGAGGGUCAAGUAGAAGUUAUUGAGGCUUUGAUAACCCUUGGAGCAGACAUCAACAUCACUGAUAACAAGGGUAGAACAGCCCUACAUAUUGCAGCAGGCAGUCAGAAAGCUAGCUGUGUCGGUGCUCUUCUUCAACACAAUGCGAAGAUGAUGAGGGAUGAAAGUGGAAGGCUACCCAAGGAUCUAGCUCAACAGGAGGAUGUGGUCCUACUCUUUGAUGGGUCAUGACACUAACUAGGACCAGGGCAUCAAGUUUUAGAACAAGAAGAGAUCUACAUCGAUGCUGAGAACAACUCUUGACAAGAGGUCCAUGGCAUAUUCACUCUUGGAUUCCAGAGAAUUCAUGAACAUUUUGCUCAAAUGUUAACUCCAUGAGCUGAUGAUGCGUCCUUGAUCAGACAUAUAAUCGCUGUUAGGCAAGUAGAUGGGGAAUAUGGCACUAUCGAGUGGACAAAAUUAUACCAAACACUCCAUCACAAAAUGUAAUAAAAAAAAAAUUAUAUUUUUUAAUAACAUUUGCCUGCCAAACGACAAAAUUUUCUAGAAUGAAAUCAUGACUUGACAGUUUUUAUGUGGAUGAAUCACAUCUUGCAUCUACCAGGCCCCAUGAAAAAUAAAAGUUAUAAAUGUGCAACUGAAGAAAACAAUGCAUCCCCUAGUUGCACUAUUUAUACUUGCUGGAAAUCAAGUUGCAUUUAAUAUUUGAUGCUGGGACUCUUUCUGUAAUGGACCUAGAUCAUCUAGGACUUUCCAAGAUGUUUCUAUACAUUAUGAUUGAUUGACAACCAUUCAUAAAUUUAAAAAAAAGGGGAAAUGGAGUAUGCUGAAGCAUUUGUUUGUAUAAUUCAUAUAAUUAUUUUACUUCUGUAAACGUGCAAGUUUUCUUUUAUUGUAAAAAAAUUGCCCUACAGAGAAAAAAAAAUUAUCAAUUAACCUACACUACUUCAUGUAUGUGACUGGAAAUGCAAACUAGUGUGAAGUUGGGAUUGCAUUAACAAACACCCUCAAGUCUCCUCCUCCUCCUCUUUCCCAUUUGCUUCCCUUCUUCCUUUCUUCUCAUUCUCCUCCACAUCUUUAUCAUCACUCUUCUUCAAAAUAGUCUAUUUCCUUCAAUAUAACAGCACUUUGUAGUGUAUAUCUCAAGGAACGUGAAGCAUAAAGGGAAUUCACUUAAUGAAGCUUAAUUUUGCUUGUUCAGAGUCACAAAAUCAUAAUUUACCCGUCAAUUGAUUCAAAAUUAUGUCAUCCAUGAUAUGCAAAUUGAUAUGUAAUAUUCAAACAUAUUUAUCAGAAUCAAGUUUAGAGUGGGUAAAGAUUAUAAUGCAAAAAGAGAUGUUAGAAAGAUGUAUUUUAACUUAUCUUUAUUAGUACCAAAGCAAGAAUACUUUGACAUGACUGUUACAAUACAUACACAGUAUAACAUGAAUUUAUAAUAAAAGGGUGAUAUGCAUGGGAAUGAAUACUCAAUAAAAGGUAUGGCUAAAUAUCAAUUACAAUGUAAAGUUGAACAAGUUAAGAACUACUACUUGUAACAACAGCUUGUUGUUACUGCACAGUCAUUUCAUUUGAAAUUGAAUAUGAAGUUGGACAUUUCUACAAUAUGUCUUCCUCUUAUUAAAGUGUUCUGGUGAUUGUUGAAACAAAUUUUGGGUAUUGUCAUGUGCAGGAUUGCAUAAUGUUAUUCAAAUUUUUAAUUGAUAUCAUCAAAUGACUUAUUUUUGGUUUUUCACAUGUAUUGUAAUUGAAACCAAUAUUUGUAAUCUCAGAACAUUGCCAAAUCCAAUGGGCAUUUUUCAUGUGGUGUCAUGUGAAUACGAGUUGCAGAUGGAUUGAUAAAGGGAGAAUUGUUACAAUGAUUCCCAGGUAAAAUAUUCAAAUUAAAGAUGAUAUAUUUAAUUUACAGUGAUCUUUUCACAUGAACCUUUUUAUGAGGCCACCAUCAUUUUCAAGCUUUAACCACUCACUAUUGGGGUCUCCUGCAUUCAUGAAGUAUUAUUGUUAUUAAUAUCAAAAAGUCAAGUUAAUGCUCACAUCAUUAUUUUGUAUUUAUUAUCUAUUAUGAUUAUACUAUUUCAUCAUUCAUUAUUAUGAUGUGUUAUGUUAUGGAUUAUUUUGUAUUUUGCAUAUAAGCACGUCACAUUUGAUAUUGUAUUAUUUGAACACAGAAAUAAAAA